GUGCGAGCUGCUGGGGAAGGGAAGGAAAGGGGAGGGAAGGGAAGGGCGGCGGGGCACGGAGCUGGGCGCUCGGGGGCUUUGGGGCCGAGCUGCUGGGAAAGGCGGCUUUCGGUUGGCGAGCGGCAGCGCCGUGCGUCGGGGCCGGCGAGAAAGACUGCGAGCUAUGAAAGGCCGGCUGUGGCGGAGAGGGACGGCGAGCGGGAGACGGAGCGGCGGCGGCGGCGAGAGGCAAGUGCUGCUGUGGCUCGUGUGCGUUUGCGUGUGGGAGAGCGGGGCCGAAACGCUGCGCUAUUCGGUGGCGGAGGAAAUGGCGAGGGACUCGUUGGUGGGCAACGUCGCCCAGGACCUGGGGCUUUCUCCGAGCCAGCUCGCGGCUCGCAAGGCGCGCGUGGUGUCCGAGGGGAGCGAGCAGCAUUUCCGCCUCGAUCCGCACAGCGGCGUCCUGACGGUCACGGAGACGCUGGACCGAGAGCGGAUCUGUCCGCACAGCGAGAGCUGCGCGCUCUUGUUUAAGCUUUUCUUUGAGAACCCGGUGCAGCUGAUCCGCGGGGAGGUGGAGGUUCGGGACGUGAACGACCACUCCCCCGUGUUCAGGAAAAGGGGCGUUGAUUUAAGGAUUCCUGAAUUGGCAUCUCUGGGAUCCCGUUACCCUCUUGAAAGGGCACAGGAUGAGGACGUUGGGAUCAACGGCUUGCAGAAUUACAGCCUCUCCCCAAACUCGCAUUUCUCCCUUGCUCUCGAAAAAGGGAAAGAUGGAGGCAAAUACGCGGAGCUCGUCCUGCAGAAGCCUUUGGACCGCGAGGAGCAUCGGGAGCUGCAUUUGGUGCUCACGGCCACGGACGGGGGCUCGCCGCCCAGGUCGGGCACGGCUCAGGUCCGGGUGGUGGUGCUGGAUGCCAACGACAACAUGCCGGUGUUCUCGCGGGAGGUGUACGAGGUGCGCGUGGCCGAGAACAGCCCCCCGGGGCAGCUGGUGGUCCGGGUGUCAGCCGUGGAUCCCGACGAAGGCUCCAACGGCAAAGUGCGGUACGAGUUCACUGAGAUGUCAGAGAGGUCCAGCCAACUGUUUCAGCUGAACCCUGAGAGCGGGGAGAUUCGGUUAUUGGGUAAUUUGGAUUACGAAGAAGAAAAAUUCCUCGAGCUCGUGGUGAGAGCCACAGACGGGGGUGGUCUGUCUGCGCACUGCAGAGUGCACGUGGAGGUGCUGGACGUGAACGACAACGCGCCGGAGAUCGCGCUGAGCUCCGUGAGCGCCUCCAUCCCCGAGGACGCCCCGCCCCGCACCGUGGUGGCCCUGCUGAGCGUGCGGGACCGCGACUCCGGCGACAACGGGCGGACGGAGUGCGCCAUCGAGGGCGACGUGCCGUUCAGCCUGACGGCCGCUUUCGCCAACCACUACGAGCUGCGCACCAGCGCGGCCCUGGACAGGGAGACGACGGCCGAGUACAACGUGAGCAUCGUGGCCACGGACUGGGGCCGGGCGCGGCUGAGCGCUCGCGAAAGCGUGUCGGUGCGCAUCGCCGACGUGAACGACAACGCGCCGCGCUUCACGCAGGCGGCGUACAGCAUGUCGGUGAGCGAGAACGAGGCGGGCGCGGUGCGGAUCGGCAGCGUGAAGGCGACGGACGCGGACGCGGGCGCGAACGGGCGCGUGAGGUACGCGCUGGUGCGGGAGGAGGGCGAGGAGCGGCCCGCCGUGUCGGUGGACGCCGAGAGCGGGGCCGUGUCCGUCGUGCGGCCGCUGGACUACGAGGAGGUGCGCGCCGUGGAGGUGACGGUGCGCGCCGCCGACGGGGGCUCGCCGCCGCGGAGCGCCACGGCGCUGCUGCGGGUGCUGGUGCGGGACGAGAACGACAACGCGCCCGUGGUGCUGCACCCGCCGGCCGACGGCGGCGCGGCGCUGGGCGAGCUGGUGCCGCGGCGGGCGCGGGCGGGCUACCUGGUGGCCAAGGUGGUGGCGGUGGACGCGGACGCGGGGCAGAACGCGUGGCUGUGCUACGAGCUGGCCAAGGCGACGGAGCCGGGGCUGUUCCGCGUGGGGCUGCACAGCGGCGAGGUGCGCACGGCGCGGGCCGUGGGCGAGCGCGACGCGGCCCGGCACAGGCUGGUGGUGCUGGUGCGGGACCGCGGGCGGCCGCCGCGCUCCGCCAGCGCCACCCUCGCCGUCGCCCUGGCCGACGGCUUCUCGGAAGGCCACCUGCGGGCGAGCGAAGAGGCGCCGGCCGCCGAGCCCGACGGCCGCCUCACCCUCUACCUCAGCGUCUGCUUGGCCUGCGUGUCCGCGCUCUUCGUGGCCGGCGCGGCGGCCGCCGUGGCCGCCAAGGUGCGGCGGGCCCGGCGGGGCGAGCCGGGGACCUUGCCCACCUUCCCGCAGUCCGCCGCCGACAGCAGCGCCGGCUCCCUGCCCCGCAGCUACGUCUACGACGUCCGCCUCGCCGCCGGCACCGUCAACAGCGAGUUCCGCUUCCUCGGGCCGCUCUUGCCCUGCUUCCCCGCCGGGCUGCCGCAGGGCGCGGCCGAGCAGCGGAGCUCGCUCUGCUCGGCCGGCCUCGGGCAAGAAGAAGGCGACUGGGCUGUGCAGGGCCGAGCUCCCCUCUCUGAAGGCACGGUUCCCGGGGCAGCAGAGGAGAAUGCCAGUUUGGAUCAAAGCCCCUGGCUCAGCCAUCAGUAAGGGAGGAGGAGGAGCAGCAUCUCGGUCCUCGUGGGCUGAUAUCUUCGAAGUGAAAUGAAGGAGAGACCAAACACACGCCAAAAAUAUACCAGGGAAAUGCAGUACUGCUGUGUGAGAGAGCAAGGACACUCCUGUUAACCAGUACUUCAUGUACUGAUUCUGAAAUUUUGAUAACUUUGGUGGAUGUUGCAUGCUGGGAACACUGAGCUUUGAUAUCUAAUUGUUGUAGUGCUAUUGCUGAUUAGUAUUUAGUGUAAAUGGGGAAACUAUUCUUAUAUUCACGCUAUCGUUUUCUUACAUGUGCUUUCUCUUACAUGCAUUCAUUUUUGUUGUCAAGUGGAUCCUGUACUCAUGUAAUCUAUUCCAUGCCAGGCUGUGCAGCAGUUAAUCAAAUCAUGUUUCCAGCAAAGGCAUUCUUGAGUAACACUGAGAAGUUGGCUGCCUUUCAGAUGGCUGACGUUCACACAUUGCACAACCAACCAGGAGUUCAGCAGUUCCCCACACUGUAAAGAGUCCUCUUUGAGCACUGUAUUCGCGUUGGGUUUGGUCUGGUUUCUUUCCCAACAUGAAGUCGAAAGGAGUGGUUCUAGAGCAUUGCAGAAUUAUAUAGAUAUGAAGAGAUAAUAAAACAUUCAAAGCCGUGUGCUAUUUCCCAUUGCUCACAUAUUUCCUGGAGUUGAAUGCCUUGUCACGGAAACCAAUAAAAUCUGCUGAGAAAUCUGUCAGAAGAUGAGCUUCAAUCUCACGUACAAAUUUACUUUUGUAGUAAAAAGGUUCAUUAAGCAUCACUGUUGCUGUUACAGCCUUCUCCACAUGAAGCUGAAGGAGAACGUGUCCCAGUGAAAUGAGGGCAGUGAUUGUGAGAAGUGUCUGGGGAAGCUCUUCUCAGCCCGAUCUGUUCCCUGCCAUAGUGGUGCCACCUGUCAGGUUACAAUAAAAGAAGGGUACGGGUCCACCUUCCUCACUCUGAGGUCCCGAGGACGAAUCAGGAGCAGUGGUAGGAGCAUAAGGAAGCACAUACCAUGUGGUUCUUUAACUUUUGUGUGGCAUGAAUGAGGAGCUGCGUUCCCAACUUUAUGUGCUGAUGAUGGCCUAAGCUGUUUUUUGUAGCAAGUUUCUGUGUUGCUGAUUGUCUUUUUUUCCAUUGGAAUAGUGGUCAUUUCCUUUGUA